UGAUUUUACAUUUGCAUUUGUCACGUAACAUUGAAUAAUUCUUUCAUGUAUAAAAAUAUUAUCUAUCGUCAUCUGAGCUUGAAGUAUUGAUCACUGAGCUUGAGGCUAAGAAAACUGACGAGAAAGCUAGGCUUGAAGCAUUGAGACAGAGUUUCGCUGAGUUUGAGGCAGAAUUUUAAAACUAGAGCAGGAUCAGGCAGAAAGAGAAUCUAAGAAAAAUCGCAAAUUCCCUAAUGAAGAACCUAUGAUUGAAUAUCGUCCUCCUUUCUUGAAUAGAUUAGAGCUUGAUGCCUUUUUCCAAAAAUAUCGAAUAGCAUUAGAGGUGCAAGGGGCUCAACAUCGGCUUCAUAGCACUAGCUGGUAUAAAGAUGUCAAAAAACUCGAGGACAUCGUUAAUCGUAAAAAAGAUGCAUUUGUCUGGAAUCUGGAUAAUGGAAUUUUCCUUAUUGAAGUACGGUAUGACCAAAACCCAGAAAUUGUUAUUCCAGAAAGGAUACGAAAAAUUAAGGAGUUCGUUAAUCAAGCAUCCAAAAGUUUCGAUCUCCUAUAAUCAGUAACUUAUACAGUAAUACACAGAUAUUUAAUUUU